AUGACGUCAUUUAUCAUCGUUCGCGACGUCGCCAUUCGCGGCGCCAUGUGUGUCGCCGCGACACCUCAGUGGCUUCGGUUAUGCUAUAAAAAAGGUCCUCUGGAUUAUGAGCCCUGCGAUAUGAAUAUGCCAGCCACUCUCGUCCCCCGUAAACGCGAACAUUAUCGCUUCGACGCCCCUCUAACUGAACGCGGACAAAUCGUAGCGCAAACAUAUGGAAGAGGCUUAAUCGCUGCGGGAAUCCGGCCAUACGAGAUCUAUUGUUCGCCGGAUAUGAAAUCCAUCCAAACCGCUUAUUACUUGAUCAAAGGAAUGGACACUUCAUUCACUUCGAUUUGCAUUGAACCCGCGAUCAUGUCGUUUCGUCAAUUGUAUCCAAGAAAUAUUGAUCAAAUCCUAUUAAGCCCUAAAAUGUAUUCCGGACUCGGAUAUCCUAUCAAUUUACAAUACAAACCAUUCAAUGAUAUACCACAAAGUGAAACAAUCGAUGAUUAUAUUCACAGAAUUAACCGUUUUUAUACGGAAAAAAUUGGCAGAAGUGUUAUCGUAAUUGCCGAUAAUUGCAUGGUCGAAAUCACAAGAAAUCGCGAAAUUAGCACAAUUGACGACAUUUUGGACACGAAAAUGUUGACAAGUAUGCAAGUGAAUACGAUUCGAGUUACGUCGGAUGAUGUGAAGCUAGUAAAUCCUCCUAUUCUUUCAUUCACCCGCUGCCUAUAUGAUGCCAAACCGUUUUUAUGGAACAGUGCUCCAAAGAAGCUGUCGACUCCGAACCACCCCGUCAAUGAAUAUUAA